GCGCUCCAUCUCUCUGUAGACCCUGGAUGGUGGGCUGAACGUCAUCCAGCUAGAGACAGCUGUGGGUGCUGCCAUCAAAAGCUUUAACAAUGCCAUGGGUGUGAACGUACCCCGUAGCCGCUUCCUGCCCGUGAAGACGUCAUCUGACCUGCUGCUGGUGAUGUCCAAUCUGUACACCCUGGACGCCGGCUCUCUCACCAUGAGCAAGAAGAGAGAGUUCCCGACCACGCCUCAUGUCAAACUGGGCAGCUCCUUCACAAAGGUUCAGGAGUUUCUGGCAAGGUUUGAAAACAUCCCUGACAUGUUGGAGCUGGAUCACCUCACUGUGUCUGGAGAUGUCACCUUCGGGAAGAACGUCUCUCUCAAAGGUACCGUCAUCAUCAUAGCUAAUCACGGUGACCGGAUAGAUAUUCCUGCUGGAGCCAUGCUGGAGAACAAGAUUGUUUCAGGAAAUCUGCGGAUCCUUGACCACUGAGGCCUUCUGGGAAAAUGCUCGACGCCAUUUGGAUCUUAAAGAUGACUUUUAAGAGAUUCUGUUCUUCUGAUGAACAGCAGGGUUGUUACAGCUUUUGUUUUAAACAGUUGUGUCAGUGUAAAGUCAGCCUGAAAAGGUCAGAGGUCAAAUUCAUCGUGCCUCCAAAUUUCUCCAGCACUGUGAAGAAGAAAUUUGCUGUUACUGCAAGACAAUCACUGUGAAGUCUGGCUCACUGUGGUCAUCUUUUUCUUGUGUCAAUAAAAAGUGCAGUAUGGGUCA